CUCUCUUCGAUCAUCAACAGCUGGGUCGCCGUUGUGUGGACUGAUUUACUGGAACCUCUUCCUUGGUUUCGAAAUCUGACGAGAUCGGGCGCUGCUUUUGUUAAUAAGAUUCUUUCCCUCCUGAUGGGGUUGCUGGUCAUCGCCAUGGCCUUCUUCGCCAAGAACUUCGGCGGGCUCUUCCAGACGACGAUGACGCUCGCCGGGGUCGCUGCAGGACCCACGCUGGGGCUGUACCUCACCGGGGUCCUGGUCCCUUACUGCGACCGGCGCGGAGCCUUCGCCGGCCUCGUGGUCUCCGCGACCUGUCUUGCCUGGAUUACGUUGGGAGCAUCGAUAUAUGGUUCGAAACCGGAGCUCCUUCCCUUUUCCAACGAAACUUGUCCUGGUUUCUAUAGAGACCACGGAACAAAUAACAGUCUAUUCAAACCGGCCUUCACUGACGAAGCGCCGAAUAUGGAAGUCGGUUUCAUGGAACACGAACGCGAGGCGCAGGCGCGUGAAUCCGCCACGGCUGCGAACGCACCUCUGAGCGAGGACGAUAACUGGGGCUUGAUGUACCUCUACGGGCUGUCAUACACUCUCUUCAUGGCGCUGGGAAUGGUCGUCUUCGUCGCCGCGGCUUCCUUGGUUACGCUAAUUACAGGUGGCGAGGACCUCCGUCAGGUGCGGCCGGAGUUCGUCAGCCCCCUGGUUCGCGGGCUCCUCCCAGCGCCGCCAAGGGGACCCAGGAACACUUCCUGCCAUCCGGCCAGAACCUCUACUCCCUCGGAAGACGCUGCUCCAGUCCCUGCUCCUGCUUUUGCCUUUGCACCUGCUUCUGCUCCUGCUCUUUCUACGAUCAGAGUUCUGAAUACGAAGGUCUAGAACUCAGACGGUUUUUUGAAGUCUGAAGAAAGAAGAAAAGCGAAAUGAGAGACAGUGACCGAGAAACUUAUCCCAAGGAAUACAUACACCCAACUGUCUCUAAUGACAUACCCUUUUCAAACAUUUAUUUCACGUGUUCUCCGCCUUUAUGAU